AUCAAACAGUUGGCGGCCGAUCUAGCAGCUGCCGGUGCUCCUGUGGAUGAUCUCGACCUACUUAAUAUACACAUCCUGGCGGGAUUACCAGAGGAGUACAAUCCCAUUCGUGAAAGGAUGAAAGUAUCUGCAGUAAGUAGUUGGGAUGAGUUGGAUGACUUAUUGUUGAAAGAGGAAAUUCAUCUGGAUGAGCAGCGCAGAAAUACUACCUUAAAUCAUGAUCAGGGUGGCCAAGAAGAAGACCAUGCUAUCGGGAUCGAUCUGGGAACGACGUAUUCCCGCGUGGCCGUGUGGCGGAAAGAUGGUGUAGAGGUCAUACUGAACGAUCACAGGAGCAGGAAGACUUCAUCUUAUGUUGCCUUCACUGAAACUAAUGAGACUAUUUUGGUAGGUGAUGCAGCAUUUAACCAAGUCCAGAGAAACACUACCAACUCAAUCUUUGAUACAAAGCGGCUAAUCGGUAGGAGAUUCAGUGACACCUCUAUUCAAAGUGAUGUGAAGCACUGGCCAUUCAAGGUGGUUGAAGGUACAGCUGACAGGCCCAUGAUUGUGGUUACCCACAAUGGCCAAGAGAAACAAUUUACUGCUGAAGAAAUCUCUGCCAUGAUUCUGGAAAAGAUGCGGAAGAUUGCCGAGACCUACCUGGGCUCAACUGUGAAAAAUGCAGUUAUCACUGUCCCUGCUUACUUCAAUGACUCCCAACGUCAGGCUACAAAAGAAGCUGGCCUCUCUGCUGGCCUAAAUGUGAUGCGUAUUAUGAACGAACCGAGUGCUGCUGCCAUUGCUUAUGGCCUCAGCGAGAAGUCCAGUUGGAAUAGCACGAGAAAUGUGAUGAUAUUUGAUCUGGGUGGAGGCACUUUAGAUGUGUCAUUGCUUACCAUGACUAGUUCUGGUGACUUUCAAGUCCUGGCGACCGCUGGAGACACUCACCUUGGCGGCGAAGACUUCGAGAACAGAAUGGUGAAGUAUUGUGUCGAGCGAUUCAAGAGGGAGAAGACAUUGGACGUUAGUGAAGACUUCAGAGCUCUUAGGAGGUUAAAAAAUCAAUGUAAGAUUGCAAAAGAAAGUCUCUCACUUGCGUCUGACUUUGACAUUGAAAUUGAUUGUUUGUGCUCGGGUAUUGAUUUCACUAUAAAUUUUACCCGUGAGAAAUUUGAACAACUGAAUAUGGAUUUGUUCAUCAAGUGUAUGGAGCCUGUGGCCAAGUGCUUGACGGAUGCGAAAAUGGACAUAAGCCAUGUCCACGACGUUGUUCUUUCUGGUGGCUCUUCUAGAAUUCCCAUGGUGCAAGAGCUAUUACAGAAGGUUUUCAAGGGGAAGGAGCUGUGCAAGGGCAUCAGUCAGUAUGAGGCAGUGGCAUGUGGUGCCGCCAUUCAAGCUGCAGUCUUAAGUGGGAAUGGAAAUGGGAAGUUCAUUGAAGACUUCACCCUCUCAGAUGUCACUCCUCUGCCACUUGUUCUGGAGUUUAACGAUUAUGGUACAGUCAAGAGACUCUGCGAUUUAAUUCCAAGAAACAUUAGAAUUCCUACGAUCGAGAAAGUGCGUUUUAAUACUGUUCAGGACGAUCAAGCUUUAAGCAACUUCUGCAUAUAUGAAGGUGAGAGUAGCAUACCGGAAAGUAUGAACUUUUUGGCUGAAUAUAGCCUCCAAGACAUUCCUGCAGCUCUUAACAAUCUUCCUGGAUUUUGUAUUUGCUUUUCUAUUGAUGCCGAUGGUAUCUUGAGUGUCUCUUCUGAGCAUAAGUACACUUGGCAGAAGAAAGGGAUCACAUUUAACCGUGACAAACCGAAGUUUGGGGGGAAUUAUGAUGAGUAACGUUGAAAUAAGAUACUCUGCUUGGCUUUGCACGCUUGGUAACUAAUAGAGGAUAUAUAUUCAUCAAUAAAACAAUGGGAUCUAUUGCGUUAAGAAAGA